AUGGGGCAGGCGACGGAAGAGGCGACCGCCUUCCAGGUGGUUCUUACUGGAUUUGGAGGUUUCGACAAGGUGACGGUCGGCGAACGAGUGGUUGCUGCCGUCGACGAGCUCGGAGACGCCGAUGUGUGGGUGCGGGUCAGGGCCUGCGGGCUGAAUUUUGCCGACAACUACGUGCGCCAAGGAAUUCACGUUACCGGAAACCUUCGGCCACCCCUGGUGAUGGGCGCCGAAGCAGCGGGGGACGUUGUUCAGGUCGGCGAUGGCGUCCGAAGAAUCAAGGCUGUAAAUGGGAAAGCGUACAAGAGGCACUGGUUAAUGUACUCGAAGUCAAAAAGUUCCGUUUAUUGUUUCAUGUGCAAACUAUUUUCGACCCCGAGCAACCCGAGUUCCUUCACCAGGCAUGGAUUUUGUGACUGGAGAAGAGGAGAGGAAAAGGUUUGCGCACAUGAAAACAGUGUCGGCCACAGGACCUCUGUGGCGGCAUGGCUAUCGCUCUCUAAUUCGGGCAAUACCGUUGACAAGGAGCUCGUCAAGCACCUCGUCACUCAGGCCGCUUACUGGACAGAGGUAUUAAAGCGCGUGGUCAAGCUUUUAGCUGAACGAAGCCUAGCGUUCAGGGGGAGUGAGGAGGUUUUGGGUUCUUUGCGAAAUGUAAAUUAUAAGGGAGUGCUUAAAGCCAUUGCCCAGUUCGAUCCCUUUCUGGGCGAACACAUUAAGCGCCAUGGAAAGAAGGUUAAACGGGUAAAAUAUUUCUCUUUAAUAAUUGGUUCGACCUCAGACCUUACCCACGUUGACCAGCUGGACCAGGCGUAUGGCAACGCGAGUAAUAUGUCGGGGAAGUACAAAGGACAGCAAGCGCAAGUUAAACUCUUCAACAAGUUGGCCGUCUACGUCCCGUGCGCAGGCCAUUCACUAAACUUUGUUGGCGCGUGUAGCGUCGACAGUUGCCUUGAGGCCGUCCAAUUUUUUAGUUUAACUCAGAAACUGUACGCGUUCUUUGUUGCCUCCCCUAAGCGGUGGAAAUAUCUUUUAGACGGCAUGAGUGGAACUGGUGAACACCUUGUUCUAAAAAGCCUUUCUGAAACCAGGUAG